AUGAACGGUGACGAGCCAACGAGACCGCUGCCGCUCAAGACCAAGUUCCAAAUCGGCGGUACCCAAGCUCCAGUCAACUACAAGUUCCAAGAGUCGUGUUUUCAUAUUGAUGACACACCACCGCAGAAGAUUGCAGCGAAACACGAAGUUCAGGCUUCGUUAAGGUCCAAGAUACUGUCGACAGAACGGCCAAGCUGGGACCAGGCGACGACAGAGUCAUGCAUUCUUCGGACAAACUGCUACAAGCGCACUUUUGCAAAUGGCGAGAUGAAUCAUGGCAACAUGUACCAAUACAAUUAUCGAGCUGAAAAGUUGCCAGACAAGUACCCAACACUGCUGGCAAAGCCCACUAAAUUCAACCAGGGCAUUCUGGAAGUUCUUCAGCAGGAUAUCAAGCCCGGUGAAACCUUUGGUGACAAACGAAUGCAACGCGGUAUUUGCAAGCGAACCGAAGAGCUACCAAAUCACCCCGACUUGAGGGACUCUGUGCCGUGGAAUUCUUCUGUGGUCAAGUCGAAGCAAGACUUGCGCACGACGUUCAAGGCUGCCGAAGCGGCAAGGAUAGUCAACUCUGAGAAGUCAAUCAAGUCGUUAGAGAGCUACAAAACCCCACAAGAGCUGUACACGGAGCAGCUACAGCGUGAACGAGACGAAAAGGCAAAAAAACGAGCAAUGACGUAG